AGGAGGGUGGGAAGUUUGAACGUUGAGAAACUGUUGAUCGUUUUUUUUACAAUUUUCACAAUUUAAUGCGUUGCUUCACUGUGCAAUUUUCCACUUGAUUGACAGUUAAGUAUUCAACGAUCAUCACUACAUUUUUAGAACCUAUUUGCUUUCCUUCGAGCGCGUUCAACGAGGUUAAACUGGAAAGCGUCAUGGCUUCGCUUAACGGUAAUGGCAGUCCUUUUCGUCCGAAGUGUGAGUAUGAAAACUUUGCCUUUGGAGUAUUAAAUCGGUAGCUUUUAACAAAUGUUUGGUUUUCCUUUUCGUUAAUAAGUCUUUUUAAGUAUGAACUAUACCCUAACGCUACAUGUAUUUAAGGACUAAACUUAAAGUGAAGGCCAAGGAGAUCUACUUUAGCUCCGUGCCAACAACAAAUUUGGGAAAAAUAACGAUGCUAACAGACUAUUAAAAGUAAACAUGAACAGCAUAUCCUUUUACCUGUAUUAAGAAAUAUCUUAGAAACCUUACUCGUUCACAUUUGUUAGAAUCUAUUCAUUUUCUUGAAGGAAUAAGCAUGGAUCAGAUCAGUCCCCAGGUUAUACAUAUACUUGUAGGAGACUGUGUACGUGCAUCCCUAUAUCGAUCCUCUUAUAUCUUGUUGCAUCGGCUGUUGCAUCACUCUCCAGCUAUUGCUUUGCAAGUUGAGGUUGCCUAUGUCUUUUGUGCAUAAUAAAACCGUGUAUUAUUCCAAUACACUUUGUGCAACAUGCAAAUUGACCACUCCAGAAAAUACCAUAACAUGCCAUAAUACUCUUUGUUUGUCACUCCAAAAUUUUGCAUUGAGCAUUGUCUUCAGUUUAUCUUGGGAGUUAAAAAGGCCCCAAGAGAAACUGAAAACAAUGCUUAUGCAAAAUUUUGGGGUGACAAACAAAGAGUAUUAUGGUAUGUUAUGGUAUUUUCUGGAGUGGUCAAUAUUGUAUUGCUCAUAGGUAGACCAUAGUAAUAAGUAAUGGUAACAGGACUAAGUGGAGUCCAAUUCGGUCUGUAAUCGUACGAGCGAUUAACAAAAUCGGAGGUGCAUUAGACCGGUCCGACUGGGAAACAUGGUCCACCUUAAAAAAAGGUGGACCACUGUUUUUUAAACUUCUCUGCUUGGACUGAACUGAUCCAUUGAGUUUUGGACCGAAAUUUCCAGAAAUUUUGGUUGAAUGGAUUGCGCACAAUGUGUCCAACAUCAUUUUCUUCACACAAUAUCCUUUAACUCCGUCAAGAGAAGAGGUACUGAGAAUUUAUAAAAUGGUCAACAAAGGGAAAAUGCUUCAGUCAUUACUGAUCAUGUAUGUGGAUAAUGGACUUUGAGGGUUAACAGCAUUUUAUUUUUUUAACAGUGCACAAUGCCAAGAAAUUCCUCUCUCUUCAGCUGUCUCAAACAAGCCAAGCAAUUUCUGCAGAGUUUAACCACAUGCUCCGAACUCAAACUCUAGCAAGGAAAAGGAAGAAGGUCAUCAGUGAGAUUUUUGCCACAGAAAAGACUUACCAAGAACACUUACGUGCCAUCACUUCUGUGAGUAUGAUUAUCAUUCAACAAUUUUUCAAAAUUAGCGACAGUUAUAUAAUAAUUUCAUAAACUUGCAAAGGUAGACUUCAGUUACGUGUAGGGUGUAUUCCAUUGGGAUGAUCCACAUCAGAAUCAGUGAUCAGAGAUCACUCGGAUCAUAGCAGAUCAAAAGAACCUACAAUAGCAUGGUAUGAAUCCACCCUAGGAAAGGAUACAUCGGUUCAUUUGAUGUAUCGUGAUUCCAAUAAUCUUGGAUCACCAAUCCUGGUCUGGAUCAUCCCAAGUUACUCACCCUUAGCCUCCCGCAUGGGAGAGUUGUAUUACAAACAUAUACAAGGGGAGGAAGGUAGCUCAUUGGUAUGAUGACCUUUAAAAAGUGACUAUUGGAGGCUAUGAUUACAGUAAGGUUAAUGAUCUCUCAAUACACUCUAACUGCUGCAACCUUGACAAAACCUAGUGUGAACUUUUUGCCUGCACAAACCAUUUGCAUAAGUAGCCAGCUCUACUUAACUUACAUUUAAUGAGCUUGUAGACUAAUUAGGCUCAGUUGGUUUGAAAUCUGCAAUGUACAUUAAUAGUUUGUAGGAGGUCAAAGUUCUUUAAAACACACGUUCACAGUGUGAAUAACUAGAAACUUCUGCUAUAGGGAGGAAAGGUGAAUACAAAUCAAGACCAGUUUAUAAGUGGUGGUGUUAAGUAUACUUGUCUCCCGGUGACGCAAACCUUUACCUGUAAGGGAAAUCCUAAAAAAAUCACUUUACUGGGAAGUUCAGUGAUUUAUAUAAGUUAAAGAGCCUAAUGGGAAAAAGUAAGGAACUUUAAGUGAAGGGAGUUAAACUUAUGGGGGAUCCUAGUAUAGUAGUAACUGGCAGUCAACUGCACAACAUUACAGUAACUGUAUAGUACAGUCCAACCUCGUUAAUGUAGACACUGAGGGGGCCAUAGGGUGUCCAUAUUACAUUGUAAGUGGGUUGAAUUUAGAGAAAAAUUUCCCUUUUCCUAUAGACCUAAGGAGAAAGCAAACUGUCCGUAAUAUUAAAUAAUGAGGUGUCUAUGUUAAGCGAGUGUCCAUAAAGCGGGCUUUGACUAGUGUGCAGACUUUAUAAUCACCUUUCUGCAACAUAUGAGGAUUAAACAUUCCUUGGGGCAUGAUGAUAUACUGUAAAAGCAAAUACAUGAAGGGUGAAAUCCUAAUUUUUUUAACCAUGUAUGGAAAAAAAAUUGGUUUCAAUAUUAACUGUCAGGAGGUUUGAAAAACUGGGUGUGAAAUUAGUCAGUGUAUUUGAAUGGUAAAGGGAAGUUUGGUGUGGUUGCAAUCUUGAGUUUGAAAAAACCAAGGCAGCAUGCAAAGAAAGUCGUGUCCGACAGCUCGGGGCUAGUGGAUUUUGCUUUCAGGCUAGUGAAUUCUGUUCUUAACUUGUCCGACAGGCAAGCGAAUUUUUUUGGGAAAUUCAAAUUACAGAAGGAUGGUAAUCAAUCCUGCUAAUCAAAAAGGGUUUUCGGGCUAGUUGAAAUGACUUGUGGGCUAGUACAUGCUAGCUACAGCUUGCCCGAAUGGCAAGCUGUAAAACUGACUUUCUUUUCACCCUGCCAGGGUUCAAAGAAUCAGGAUUCUGCUGUACUCAAACUAGGGUAUUCUCCAUUUUUCCUAUCAGCUUUUUCUUGAACCUCUACACGUUGCCUGCAUCCUUCCACAAAAUACCAUCAAUACAAUUUUUUCCAAUGUGGAAGCAAUCCAGGCAGUCAACAGAGAACUAUUGAGUCACAUGGAGACACAAGGACUUGGUGAUGCCUUUUUGGCCUUGGCACCAUUCAUCAAACUUUAUAGUACCUAUGCUAACAACUUUGCUAAAGCACAGUCUGAACUACAGGUGAGUAAUCACCGAAUAAUACUACUUUGCUCAACAGACAUAAAUAAUAGUGCUAAAAAGACUUGAAUUCAAGCUUUCCCUAAGUUGGUCAAGCAGCCCUCACAAUUUUCUUGCUAGGGACCACUUUCUUAGUUAAUGAUUUUGUUAGAGGAUGACCUGCCUGAACACAUGCCCUUUGGGCAAGUGAGUUUUCAGAAGUUACUUGUCCAGCAAGAAGACUUGUUUUUAGACACCUAAAAAGCGGCAGCUAGCCUUAUCUGAUAAACAAUGUAUUUGUUUUAGUUAACUUUUUAUCUCAGGUAAUUUCUGUUUUUCCUUUGUUUCAACUUCAUUAGGUAAGCAUACAUUACCAUACCCAAAAACAAAAGAAAAACAAAAAUUACCUGAGACAAAAAAUUUACUACAACAUGUACAUAUUAUAAUACAACCACCGUUAAGUUAACUGACAAAAGCCAAGGUUAGGGAUAGUGUAAUAGCAGGACUUGAUCUGAUCUGGUAUGAUCCAUCUUUUUUCAAUGGCCUUAAUUUAAAAGAAAAACGGCUGGGUUGCAUAUAUAUAGACAACAAUAAAUGACUGAACAUGCCAUUUUUCUUUAAUUCUUUGUUUUUACAGGAAUGGGAAAAGAAGAAUAAUGAGUUUGCAACUUUUAAGAAAGCUCAGGAGACGCGUGCAGAAUGCAAGGGCUUAAAUCUAGGUGCCUUACUUAUAACACCAGUUCAGAGAGUUCCAAGGUAAGGAUGUCAUUUAUUAAAAAUAAGUUAAAUAAUUAUUUAUUAAUAUCAUAGGGUCUUUUAAAAUAUCCCUGGACUGGCUGCUUACUUUGACAACUCAGCCAUCUACUUCAAAACUUUCUUACAACCCCGUACUAAGAGUGACCAACCUCUAUUUUCUCCUAACAUCAUCAAUGAUUAUCAUCAAGAGAAAGGUUACAAGAAUUGAUAAAAUAAUCACCAAAGGCUAAAAUGAUGCUUUAAUCCUUUAUCAAUUUCUAUCAGCUUUUUCUCGAAGGAAAUGUAUUACAUGGAGAUCAUCAUAAGUCUGGAGAAUUUGUACAAUGUAUGGGAAUACUGAACCUAAAGGGUUAAAAGCAAUUUAUGAUGACUUACACCUACACAGGUCUACUGUACAAACAAACUGGAGUUUAUUUUUGAAUAGUUAUAUCUUUCAUAAUUUUUAGGUACAAGUUGUUACUGGAAAGUCUGUUGAACAAAACUCCAAGAGAUCAUCCUGACUUUGACAAGUUGCAAGGUAACAUAUAAUAUUUCAGUACCAAUGUACCAUAGAAAGAAAAAUAAUAUACUGUAAUAUAACAAAAGAGAAAGAAAACCCAACAUGAUUUCUAAACAACUGCUAGAUCAUUCUUUGUUUUUACUCAAAACCCUGGGAGACUCCUUGUGAAUUUUGCCUAAACAGGCAUUUGCAACUGAACAGAGUGUGGGGUUUUAAGUCAUAAACAGGGUAUACAAUAAUAAUAUUGGUCUUGUGUCUUACAUGCAGUGUGUCUAGUUGGGAUCUUGUGUAAUUUGAGAACCCCUUGGUCGAAUAUUGACUGACAAUAUUGGCCAUGAGUAUUGGGGUGCACAAAUUACAUAAGAUCCAUUGUUGGGGAUGAGUAUUGCUUGACAAGACAAAAAUGGCUGCCAAGGGAGACUACAGGGUGUCUUUCUGGACCAGAAACCUUGACCAUGAGGUGAAUGUUUGCAGUGCAGUAGGGUCUUGAACAGGGCAGCAAAAUGAAUGGUUUUUGUCUGAAACAGGGUUAGGGUUUGAAGGCCUCAGUAGCAAACCCCUACCCAAACUUCCAUAAGUGCUUCCCCCCUCCCGCCACCCCUGGGACUCAAACUGUCUCUUACUUUGUCUUGAUUUCUUCUUCACUUGAGAGCCAAACAGAUUUUCACUAAAAGUAUUCUGAACAUGUAAGUGUAACCUUUUGACCUCUUUAAUUUGACUACUGGAUAUUUUUUUUCUUUUUUUCAGAGGCCACGGUUGAAAUCAACAAAGUUGCUCAUCACAUCAAUGAAAACAUUCGGCAGAGGGAGAAUUUCCAGAAAAUGUUAUCCAUUCAGAAUGCACUGACAGGAGAAGGUGCUCCAAAAAUACUGGCACCAGGUAAUUACACUGCAAAUUAAAAGCCUUUUUGUGAUGAAUGAAGGUAAAGAAUACUGUAUGCUAUACCAACUGAGCCAAAAGCUAUACACAGGUUUGCAUACGAUAACACCACUUCAGUACACUGCCACGUAGCAGAUCAUACAAUGUGUAUGUUACAGUUAUUUUUUUAUCUCUGGUAAUUUUUAUUUUUCUUUUGUUUCAACUUUAUUAGCAUAAUUUAUAUACAUUGCCAUACCCCAAAACAAAAGAAAACAAAAACUACCUGAGAUAAGAAAAAUGAACUACAACAUGCACACUCCUAAAGUAAGGAGCUAUGCAAUGCUAUAUGUAUAUGGAAUUAUACUCAGUGUUAUAUAAAGGUAAAUGCUGUUUCUCUUUCUUUUUAGGGCGGCUUUUUAUAAGAGAGGGGCCAUUGUUGAAGGUACAGUUGAAUUUACUUGUAAUUUAUUCCGGUGCAUUAGUCAAAAAUACCCUGCUCUAAUUUUAUGUCAACAAAAUAUCAUACACCGCGAAAAGAAUAAUUUGAUACUUCUUUUAGGAACCUAGCCUGAUAAAACAGCUGACAAUUCGUGACUUCUGAGGAACAACUGCAGAAAUUCCAUACUAAUGACGACGUGUCAUUGGGCACCGAGAUUUUGGUAGAGCUUCUGAUUGGUCGUGCCCUGAGGGAAAUUUGCUUCAACCAAUCAGAAGCACUUACGGUCCAAACCUGGCUAGUAACACGUCAUCGGCAUAGAAUUUCUGUAGUCGUUUCUCAGACAUCCUUUCGGGUGUGAACCAGUGGUGGCGUCGCAGAUGUCGGCUGUUUUCUCAGGUUACUAGAAUCCCAGUCAAAACGAUAAGAUACUAAAUAAGAUUUUAAAUAAUGCAGUGGAAAAGCUAGUACAUACAAAAGCUAUAGGAAUGGAUCACAAGAAUUGUGAGUGAAAUGGUCAGGUUACGGAAGAAGGAAAGGCGUAUUCUUCCACGUGGUCUUGGGCGUGUCCCUCACUUGGCACGUGUUUUUCAUCUGCAGGUGUGCAGCCGAGGAUCCCAGGAAAGAAUGUUUUUCUUGUUCUCGGACAUUCUAAUUUACGCCAAAAUAAGUGGCUCAGUCGAAAAGGAACAAAGGUAAGGCCGUACGGAUGCUACAAACUUCUUUUUUCUUCUCUUCGGAAGGUUGCAUCGUACCUCUUGCUAAAUAAACCUCAAAGGCCUUUGUUUUUCCUUGUGCGUAACUUUUAUAAUGUGGUAAUGACGAGGAGAAAGCGCUGUUGAACUUUCAAGGUAAUUGGAGUCAUGAGCGCAUCGAACACCAUUUUUACACUAAAAGAAAACACUUAGAGCACAGCAGGGCUCAAAAUAACGGCCGGUCAACGGACAAUGUCCGGUCUGAUCGUGGGCUUGACCGGUCAAACUCUCGUCUGGCCGGUCAUUUUGACCGGUCAUUUUUGGAUGCGAACAUUUUAUAAUAUUUUCCAUAUAGUUGUCGCUUAAUGCGUUUUGCUCUAUAACGCUGUAAUUCGCUGCUUUCUUUGGCUUUUUUUGCUGCUUUGCACUAAACCCUUUAAAGAAAAACGUUCUGCUUUGCUGUGAUCAGUAUUAAGAAAACAUACGCUAACGAUAAUCCGUUAUUUUUUAGAAAACUAAAGGGUGACUGACAGUUUUUGUCCAUCAAACGUUUCACAUCUACUUGUUAGAGGAUUGUGAAAAUCACCUUGGACGGAAUUCGGGCUGAUCAAUCGCUCGUCCUGUACUGUUUCUUCGGGAAUAAAUUUCAGCGCGUCUAUUAAUUAUAAUCAUUUCUUUAUGUCGAGCAUGAUCUCGUUUGCGGACUCGAUUCCAGAAUUGUCUGAUAAAAACUAAGCUAAUCGAGAACGAACGUCGCCUAUCUCGGCGCUUAAAAUCCUCCUUCUUGAUAAGCCGUUCGCGAUAUUAAGUGUUGCGCGACGACCCAAACGAAAGCUCUGCUGUAUAUUUAUUGACUUCUGAUGACGAGUAGGCUGUUUGUGGAACAAAUUUCUCGCCAAAUCAACUUCUUUGCCGGAAAUAUUUAGCGACGAAAUUCUUCUUUGUGGAGGAGACUUUCGAUCACGUGCCGGGCAACGAAAAGGAUCAAGUUUGACCGAUAUGUAGAUAUAGGACGAACCUUGGAGACUUCCGACACCGCCAUACGAUGUUUCUUAAGGUAUAUAUAAACGAACAUGAAAACGGGCGAAAAUCGCGGAAAGGAACCCAACAACGUGUGAAUGAAUUUUUCACCAACUUGCCGGCAAAAACCUGAAUAGCCUGUUCCAGGUUCCGAGAUAGUGGUGAAAAGUCGUUCAGUAAAAAGAAAUGCGAAAAACGCCACCGCGCCCUUUCUCAAGUCGCGCGCGUCUUAUUUUCGCUUUGCUCGUUUUAAUACGUCCGCACUAUAUUAUCUGAGAGCCUGGCACAGGCUAAAACCUGAACGACAAUGCCGCACAACGAUCUACUGCCAGCGUAAUUCGAUAUUCCAUCGGGAAAAAAAAUUAUAAUAUUCAUUAAUUUGACCGGCCAAAAUCGGGGUUUGUCCGGGCUGAAAAAUAUUUGGCCGGUCAUCAUGACCGGCGACCUGCUGUCCGUUAUUUUGAGCCUUGCACAGUGCGGUAAAGGUACUCGGUUCAAUUGUCUACAGUGUGAAAACCUCUUUUUUUCUUUUACGAAGGAAAGACAGUCGAGAUCUUAGGUUGUCGAUUCGGGACAAUCUGUGAUUGCACCCCAGACUUUCCAUGCUCGGUUUCCGGUUUCAGUCAAGUCUUUCGGCCUGCAUCCGACACCGAAACAUCCAGUCGCGCGCGAGAAAAAACUUCUGCACCCACUUCCAGGGGCUUAUUUAUUUCAAGCACUUUUGAGGGGGGGGGGGGGGGGGGGGGGGUGGGCUUAGCUUAUUAGAGAGGAGGGGCUUAUUAAAUUUAGGGAAGAUGAUGGUGCAAAUUCUCCAUGUAAACUAGGACGCGAAGUGGAAAAGCUCAAGCACAUAAAGUUGGAGGCCAUGCAAUUAACCGAAGAUCAAAAACAAAUCCGGACUUUCAGAGUUUCAGCACGUGAAUAAAUCAUACCGGAUCACGCCGCAUGAAGUGUUACAGUUGUGAUUAAUAAACACAGUCUAUCGUUCAAGAAUAAAGGGGAGGGACCUUAAAAGAAGGGGGGGGGGUAUUUAAAAGGGGGACUAAUUAUGGGAUUUACGCUAUACAGAAAGUACCCUCAAUUCGCUUUGGACUCGUGUUUAUAAAUCACGCAUGUUUCUUCGGUUAAAACGAACCUUUCGUAAUUUUCAUGCAUUUUUCGAUUUAAACUACCGAUGCGAGUGCUCACAUGAUCACAUAGUUUUGCACGGGUCCUGUGGUAGAGUAUUCUGUACUUCGGAACAAGAUUAAUUGUUUAUACUAUCCACUGCACACAGCUCUUACCUGUGCCGUCGUGUGUUACCGCUGAUCGAUUGUGAAUUGGAGCAAGUGUUGGGCGGCUCAACAGAGAAUGAAGAUACUUCCGGUGCUGGGGCUCUCUUCAAGGUAAGCGGUUUUGGACAAACAAGUGACGUAUACUACACCGGAAGUGUGCUGGUUUCCUUGUGGAUCGAUUAUAGUGUUUACCUUUUUUUUGUCUCAUUGCAGAUAACAUGCAAAGAUAAAUCUUUGCUUUUGUAUUCCAAGUCGAAAAUGGAAGCGGUGAAUUGGUUUAACUGUAUAAGGGAUGCCAUCAGGUUAGUAACGCGUUUUUGUACCUUUGCAGACUAAGGCUGCUUUGAUGCGGUACCGGACGAAUUUUACCCUGGAUACCAGAGGCCUUUUCUCGCGUGCGACGAGGAGCUUCGUCGGCCGAAGGCCGAAGACACGUGCGGUGAAGCAAGAGCGGGUCACUUUUUAAGACUUGACCGAAACCGGAAACCGUGCAUGAAAAGCCUCUGGCACCCAAGGAAGACGAAUUUUCAACCGGUUGAAAGUUUGUCCGAUCAUGCCAUGUGAACGUGGCCUAAUAACAGGGCCUACAUCAAUAGCAUUUUUUUAAAAAAAUUAACGUAGAAUAAAAUAAUAAUGGAGAGGUUAAGCUUCACGUUUAAGUCAAACGGCAAACGCUAAUUUGUACCACGUGACCAAGUUUCCUCUUUACUUGUCGUUUACUGUUCAUUAUUUCUACACCUCAGUUGGUAGUUUCACGCAAUUUUUUAUCCAUAAGAAUUGUUUUGAGCUGUCUUUAUCUACUCAUUUUCUAUUUUGAGAAAUUCUCGACAUGAAUCUGACGUUUACCGUAUACGUGAAGCUUCAACCAGGGUUGUCGUUAAGAGCCGGGGCCGGGGAUUUUCCCCGGCUACUAAGAGAGUGGCCCCCGGCUACUUUUAUUGGAAAAUAGAAGAAAAAUAGAACCAAAAGAAAUCCCUAGCCGUUUGAUUCCCCGCCUUCUUGUUGUAUUUACCCGGCAACUUGAAAUCUUAGUGACAACCCUGUUCAACUCUCUAAUAAUGUUGAAUAAUACAACCGCUGCAGUUUAACUGCCGUUAAGGAAAGCACGAUUAGUCAGUGUGAAUAUCACUUUGCCAGUUUCUUUUCUUUAUGAUCUAUCUGUACUUUCGCUUUGGUUUCCAGCGACCUCAAAUCUUGCAGAGCCUCCUUAAGAAAGCCUAAGGAUUUUGAAUUACCGAAAAGGUCCACUCCUCUGACAAGGUCCGCGGCCAAGAAAGCUCGCUUAGGACUGAGUCUGAUUCGACAGGUUAGUUAACCGCGUGUGAGAGGCCAUAGACUGUAUAGUGAAUAUAUUUUCAAACUUAAAGCUUUCAUCUACAGUCAGCAAAUUUCUUGGACAGAUAAUACUGUUAAUAGCCGGUUUUCAUUUGAAUUGCUUCAUAUGAGCUCGCUCCUAACCCCGUAAUCUAACCCCCAUUCCCCCGUCAACUGUAGUGUUGCUAUUGUGUUUCACAGUUUGUGAUCACUUGGCGUAAAAACAAAGUCAUAUUCAGACCGAAUCCUGAAUGACGAAACAAGCACCCGCUCAUGAAUCAACUCUCCCAUCUAGCCUAUGAAUUUUUUAAAAAGCGCCCCGGGCGCGAUAUUUGGAGGUUUCAAAGUAAUUUAACUCACAGUUCUCAUACCACAAAGUUGAAACUCAAACGUUUUAUCCUCUUUGAAACAUAAUGAAUACCACCUCCGAUCAAACUCUUAAGUAACUUGCAAUUAAUUAGUAACACUUCAGGAGAUUUUAGACUAAAAGGUACAGUGGAACCUCGACAUAACGAAGAGCCAAGGAACUGGGGAAAUUUGUUUGCUAUAACGAGGUUUCGUUAUAUCGAGGUUCUUCUCCAUAUGUUUUACUAUUACUGGGGUAAAGAAAAUCUUUCGUUAUAUCGAGGACUUCGUUAUAUAGAGUUUCGUUAUAACGAGGUUUCACUGUCCUGCUCAUAUCCUACAAUUCCACGGUCACUUUAGGGGAGCAAGGGUGGCGUAGUGGUGAGAGCACUCGCCUUCCACCAAUGUGGCCCGGGUUUGAAUCCUGGCGUCGAAGCCAUAUGUGGGUUGAGUUUGUUGUUGGUUCUCUCCUUUGCUCCGAGAGGUUUUUCUCCGGGUACUCCGGUUUUCCCCUCCCCUCAAAAACCAACAUUUCCAAAUUCCAAUUCGAUCUGGAACGCACGGACACGUUUAAACGAGUAUAUAUGAACUCCUUAGUGCUCCGUGGGUAAACAAAUUACAAUUUACGAUUUUACAAUUACAAUUUUUCAUAUGACAAUGGCAAAAUUCAAACGGAGUUUGAAAAACGUUUAUUUGAAUUGGGGUUAAAGUUCACAGUUAGACAAAACAUUUUAGUUUUUGGCGUCCAUUAAAGUUCGCAUGUAAAGGUCCAUUUUAUUUUUACUUUUCCUUGUAACUGUGAUUUGCAGGAUUCAGGUGCGGAAUGUUCAAGUCCCACAGUUUGCAUCAAAGAUAGUCUGUACCCUUUACGAAAAGAGAUGCUAAACAAAUCGAUCACUCCCUGGUCCUCCAAAACCAAGGCAAGAAAACCCAUCGGGAACGGCACACCGCUUAGUAGACCAAACACACGAACACGGAGCAAAGAAACUGUCAUCAACUCUCCAUGGGUCAAGACUGAAACCAACACUUCUGCUUGCGCGAGUUCACUAACAGAACCAGGAGAAUGGAAUCAGAAUAACAGCGAAGAAGCUGCCAGUACCGGUGAAACUGUAGUUGAAACUCUGAACAAUCAAGAUACAACUGCUGGGCAUAACGGUGUAAGAACACGGGCUCAGAAACGAAAAAUGUCCUUUAAGGAGAACCGAGCGGUGGAGGUUAGUUUGCUUUUAUAAAAAAAAAGGAGUAAAGGCGCACACGAGCCGAAGGCCCAAACGGCUGAAGCUUAUCCCGCUUUCUUUAGCACGACGCAUGUCUAGGAUUAUUGCUACUCCCCUCUAGCCGGGAUGCUAGUCCAUCGAAGGGCCCCCCCCCCCCACAGCAGUAUGUCACCGGAAGCCAUUUAGUAAACACACCUAGGCGAAGAGAAACAAAGUGCAGUAUAGUUCCUUGUCCAAGGAAACAACGUGACGGGCGAGGCUUGAAGCCCGGACCUCCAGAUCCGAAGCUAGAAGUGUUAACCGCUUUGCUAAUUUAUGGUCUGCCUAGAAAUGAUAUCAACACGAACUUAAAAAGAACCUCAGUUAUAGAAACACGCUAGUUUCCAUGGUUUCUCUGGUAACUAAGUUGUUAUUUCUCUCACUCGUGAUAUCCUUUCUUUAGCUGUUUUCCCCACAAGGAGCCAAAAAACGUUGCCUUAGACCCAAGCUUGAAGUGUCUUGUGUGCAAGCUGUUCGAUCUCCUCUUCAAAGGUAUGUCUCAGCUGAAACUUCCAAAGAAAGAUGUCUUCGUAUUUUUCUGUGUGAUUCUCUUCAUCAGUGCAAGAUGUUAUCUCAAGAAUAAAAUUACGACUUAAUCCCAGUUUUGUGCCCUCUUUGAGCGUGAUUAAAAAAUUAUCUCUUUAACGUUUGUAGUUAGUUCAAAGCGGCUCGAUUAACCUCUUUCCGACAAAACUGGAAGAGGAGACGAUUCGCCUUUACCUUUUAAAUAAUUGUACUCCAAUUUGGUAAUUGCUGAUCUUCUCUCCUGAUCAUAAAGUUCUUUUGACUUUAAAGUAAGAAAGUUUUUACAGCACGGUAUAAGGGAGCUAUAUCACCAUUUUGUAACACAAAUUUAAAAACCUUAAAACACUGAAAUGAAAGAAGACCCUGAGAUGAUGGCUCGGUUUUAUUUAAAAUUACUCUACUACUAUACGUCAACUAUAUGUGCAUGACUUUGCCUGUCAAUGUUCAGGAUGGAAACUUAUCAUAACUUGAAAAAGAUUGGGCCAACGUUUUUAACGCGUAACUCCUGUUUUGACGAAAAAAUAACCGAAAAGCCGAUCAAACUAUGAUUUUUCUGUGAUAGAAUCAUAUGAUAUCUGUCGUUCAGUUCCAAGUAUCCGAAAAGAUGACCGAAAAAAGUUGAACUCACCAUGACUUAGCUCUGUUAAUCUCUUUCAGUGUCUAUGACCAAGUAAAGCACACGCCAGCCAAGCUGAGAAAAACUACAUACGUAGUAAACGAGGAGGACCCCGUGCAGUCCACAACUUGUGCAGUGAUGUGAAACUACUACUAGCCUGCGAGCAAGCUCUUCAUUUGGGGGUUGUCGUGAAAAGGAGAAGCGCGAGAGGAGACGCGAAAGUCGCGGGCGGGGGGAGAACUGAAGGGUUCUCGCGCGGCACGCUUCACUCGCCCAAAUAGGACAGCUUGCUCGCGGGCUAAACUACUAUAUGUAGUCGCAGUGGUGUUUGCAGAUAGUGUAAUAUAUGUGAAAGAUCUCUGAACGUUUUGAGGGGAGUUUUAGAUCUCUUUGCGCGGGCUUGUAGGUGUUCUUGUUAGGCUGAUAAGAGCCACUGAUAGUUACGCUAUCUGAGUGGGUACUGUAGAUAUAUAGAACUAGCCAUUACGUUUAGAGUUAGACGUAUCUUUAGCUUCCCAGAUAAUACGUACAUAUUUACACACUGGAACCCAAGAAUGGGAUGGCUGUGAUGUUAAUUUGAGUCUUCGCCAGCGUUUGGCAGAUGAGAAUAACAAAGUAUACCUCGUUAGUUGAGCUCUGAAAAUUAUUGAGAAUUUGUAGAAGCAAUAUACUAGAAAUUAAUAGUUCAAAGGGGCUCGCGGAAUAUUGUAAUAUAAAGGUACAGCUUGUUUUGUCACAGUUAAAGCCCGGUUUUUAAGUCAGCCCUCUUUAAUACGGACACCAAAGGGACAGAACCAAGUGUCCGCUUUACAAAGGUGUCCGUAUUAUAGAGGUAAAGAAUGCUUGAUGUUUGGCAUUUCUGGGACAAAACGACCUGUCCGUAAUAGAGAGGUGUCCGUAAGGAGAGGUUAGACUGUACUUAGCAACGUUUAUAACCCCUGACUUUGUUUUUCAUGGUGAGGUUUAGCCCAGGUUAGAAAAUUAAUCAUAUUUUGGUGGCACAUCUUGAUGCAGCCCGCUUUUAUCCCCAUCAGCAGUAAAAUCAACUGUUGUUGCUUAGCUUGCUUCCGCGCGCUUGGGUUCGGCUGCCUGCUAUUUGCUUCAGUUCUGAUUGGUCAGUUGGACUGUUUGCCACUACUUUCAUUGGUUAAAAAUGUUACGCAUUUUUCAACCUAUCAGAAGUUAAAUCAAUCAUGACUUGCUUGCGCUUACUUUCCCGGACAAAACUGCGCCUCGGCUGCCGGCUAUUUGCUUCAAGUUCUGAUUCGUUCAUCGGACUGUUUGGCUCCAUUUGAUUGGUUUUGUUUUACCGCACUCAGUUGAAAAUUCUCCGGAGGGAGGUAUAACCGGAUUAAUGAUCAGGGCCGGGUUGUUCGAAGCUGGGAUUUGAUGAUUGGAUACUCUAAAAGGAAUAGAGAAAGUUAUUCGAGAGAGUGCUUUUGAUAAAAAGAAAAGGAAACCCGGAUUAAGAUUUAACUCUGGGUUAGCCUGUGAACAGGCCUUUGGUCGAGCUUCCCUUUCCUCGCUAUUUUUUUGCCCAAACAGAGAGCCUGUUCACAGGCUAACCCCGGGUAAGCGCUAACCGGCGUUCGAACAACUGGGCCCUGUUCCUUAACCAGCGGGCCUAAAACUGGGAUUUUAGUCUAACACAAAAUUUAACCUUCGGUGCAUCAUCUCUGAACUUUUCCUUACUCCAGGGAGUGGCACAGUUUACCCAGACGCAAAGGUCAUAUAAGGGCGACAUGUUUUACGUUUUGUGUCGUACGCGACGAGCAUUCUACUUUGAGACUAGCCACCUUCUAUAAAGACAGUAUUAUAAAUAGCCACUGACACUGUCUCUCUAUGCAUGCGAGUAAACGUAUGAAACAUGUCCUGCCCUCUCUCUUGUAUGUAUCAUCCGCAUUUCUAAUGUUUAUGCUGCAAGAAAUCUUAACUACAGAAGUGUAUUUUCUCACGUUGAUCACAUCAUACAUUUGAGUAAAAUAUUUAAGGUGAAUUAAGAUUAUGAAGCACAGUGUUAAUCCUAACCUCCCACACAGGCGUUUUGAGGGGAGCUCGUAUUUCUUCCCUCCCCACAAACGCCUGCUCAACCGAGGACAACAUUCCUUUCCCC